CCAUUGUCGUCUCGUUCAUGCAAUGAGCUCUGCUGCUGGUCUUUCUCGUCGCCGUGUUCCAGCCUCAGCCUCCACCGGCGACGACGACGUCGACAGCUCACGGGGAUUGAACGGCUCUCCCACCAACGGUGGCAGCGGUUCCGCCUCCCGUAACGAGUCUCUCUAUUCUCCUCAGCAUGCUGGCUCCGCGUUCGAAGGAGGUAGCAAGAUAGCUUAUGACCCCCGCGACCUUGAGCGUGAGGAUGAAGAUGCUCGCUUAGGAGGCAAGCCUCCGCGGCUUACCAUCAUGGAGGAGGUUCUCCUCCUCGGCCUCAAGGACAAGCAGGGUUACCUCUCGUUCUGGAACGAUAACAUCUCAUACGCGCUCCGCGGCUGCAUUCUCAUCGAGCUCGCUCUACGCCGGCGCAUCGCCCUCGUCAAAGAUCCGAAUCGGCGGCACCUCCCACUCUCAGAACGUCUUGUCGAGGUUCUGGACGAUCGACAAACGGGCGAGACCAUCCUCGACGAAGCGCUACGGAUGAUGAAGGGUCAAGAAUCAGAGCGCAUAUCUGUCAACGGCUGGGUAGACCUCCUAAGCGGCGAGACAUGGAACGUGAUGAAGAUCGGCUUCCAGCUGAAGCAAGUCCGAGAGCGGCUCGCAAAAGGCCUCGUCGACAAGGGCGUCCUCCGGACCGAGAAGCGCAACUUCCUCCUCUUCGACAUGGCCACCCACCCCGUCGCCGACGUCCGGACAAAGGAGGCCAUCAUCUCCCGCGUCGUCACCCUCCUCACCUCCACUACCUCCGCGGUGCCUCCCGCGGCGCUCGGCAAAGAGGGCACGCAGUGCCGUGCCAUGCGCGCCGUCUGCCUCGUCUGUGCCGCGUACGCCGCGAGCGUGCUCGACAACGCGUUCGGGCGGCUGACGUACGAGGACCGCGAGGCGGCGUUCCAGCGGUGCGACGACAUCCUCGCCGAGUUCUCGAGUUGGCCGUUUGGAAGCAGCUCAGGGAGCACCCGGAGCGCGUCGUCGAGCCGGCGACGAGAGGCGUCGAGGAUCGGGAUGGGCAGCGCAGGCGUGAGCUCGAGAGAGGUCGUACUCGGACUGGUUCAGGAGGUGAAGAAGGAGAUGGUUGGGGGCGAGGAGGACUUGUGCUUCGAGCUCGUGGCUGGCGUGCUCGAGGUUCUGUCAAAAUUAGAUUCACUGCUUUAAUGUCCUGCGACUAGUGACGCACUCCUGUCUUACUGCCAACAUUCCGCUGAUAUCCCCCCCUUCCAGCCCAUGCGUUUCUAGCGGUCGUUGUAUAUAUUAUAUCUGUUUGAGGAUACUCGUAUAUUCUAUUCUGUUGAGUCUGGC